GCCUUGCAUGACUGGCUAACAUAUGCACUCAAUCUCAAUAGCUUACAAUCAACUUUAAUAUGGAUACUUUGUGAUCUUGAGAACAAGAUGAUAUAUGUGGAGAGAAUGCUUCAAUACACAAACAUCCCCAGUGAACCACCUCUCGUGAUUGAAUCAACUCGGCCUGAGAAAUCAUGGCCUUGUCAUGGAGAGAUUACUAUUUGUGAUCUGCAGGUGCGAUAUGGUCCACAUUUGCCUAUGGUGCUUCAUGGAUUGACAUGCACUUUUCCAGGUGGCCUGAAAACCGGAAUCGUUGGAAGAACAGGAUGUGGCAAAUCCAUUCUGAUUCAAACUCUUUUUAGGAUUGUGGAACCAACAGCUGGAGAAAUCAGAAUCGACGGAAUAAACAUCUUGACCAUUGGACUGCACGACUUGCGUUCCAGACUGAGUAUCAUUCCUCAAGAUCCAACCAUGUUUAAAGGAACGGUUCGUAGUAACUUGGACCCUCUUGAGGAAUACAAUGAUGACCAAAUCUGGGAGUCACUUGACAAGUCUCAACUCGGGGAUGAAGUGAGGAAGAAAGAACUAAAGCUAGACUCCCCUGGUUAG